AAAAUUAUUACUGCAGCAGAGCCGAGCAGAGGGAAACUCGAGAAUUAAUUUAGAAAAUAAACCACAAACUGUGUAUUAAAAAUACAGAACCGACACAACACAUUUUAUACUCUACAAUUCAGUUGACUGAAAGACUGAAAUGAACUGAAAGAAAGACUGAAAUAGACUGAAGAUUUAACUUUGAUUUAACUUGAUAGAGAGCGCCAGUUGAGCGCGCUAUAGCGCUUUUCAUCAAGUUUUCAUUUUCUAACAAACUGUCAAUAUGUCGGUCAGCUCCCAAAAGCAUUUAAGUAAUAACGAAAGUAAUAAAAAGAAUGACAAAACACUCAAACCACUGUUUCCAAAGCAAGCAGAAUGUUCAUAUGUGUCUUGUUAUUGCGAAGAAAAUGUGUGGAAACUGUGUCAAGAUGUAUCAAUUAGGAUACCGGGGGAAUUAGACAGGUGCUUUGUGGUUUUUAUUUCAAACCCUUGUCGUACGGUGCCGCUGUGGAAACAAAGGGCAGGGCGUGAAGAGGAUCGCCUUGUAAUAUGGGAUUACCAUGUUAUAUUUUUGUACUCAUGGGACUCUAAGACUUGCCUUGUUUAUGAUCUGGAUUCAGAGCUACCAUUCCCUACAUUCUUUCAUAAAUAUGUCACAGAGACUUUCCGCACCGACCAAGUUCUGAAGUCGGACUUUCACAGAUUCUUCCGUGUGGUUCCUGCGAAGCAAUUUUUACAGCACUUUGCUUCUGAUCGUCGGCACAUGAAGCGGCCUGAUGGCUCUUGGAUUAAGCCUCCACCACCAUAUCCUGCCAUAUGUACAAGUGUUUCAACCCACAACUUGGAUGAAUACAUCAACAUGGACCUGGGAAUAGGUCCUGGCCAAGUAUUUAAUUUGACAGAUUUUGUACACCGUUUUUACAAAGUUGAAAAAUAAGUUUAAAGUCUAAAACUUUAGAUAGCCAAUUUGUUUCAGCGAUUGCUGGGUUUUUGUUGAUUAUGUUUUAAUAAUCUUUGUUAAGUUUUUAUUAAUUUGGUUUCCAUUAUAUGUUGGUGAACUAUUAUUAAAUUAUUUUUAUUAUACAAUGUUUGUAAAAUCCAAUUUUUAAUAUUAAUGAAAAUAAUAUCUUUGUUAAAGCUGAAUUAUGCUAAACAUUCAAGAGCUCUUUUUAUGUAAUCUUUAAAAAAUAACUAAUCAAUUUCUUUUGCUAUUAUUAAAUAUUGGAUUUCACAGAUAUGUGUGUUUGAAAUCACAUUGUGAUAUUAUUUGUUAUGGGCAUUUAUUUUAAAUAUUACAUUCAAAAUACAUUUAAAUACACACACAUUUAAUAUAUUACAUUCACACACCAUGAAAUGGUUUUGCACAAUACAUACAUAGAUAUUUAAUAUUACAGAAUUAUAUGCUUUAUGAUACAUGUUUCUAUGUAGGAAUAUACUUAAGGCAUAUAGCCUGAUGUUAUUCUUUUACCUGCAUAGAAAUAUUAUGCAAAUAUUUGAUAUAAAAUACAUUUUUAAUAUUCCAUACUGUUACAGCUUUAUGAUAAUCGCUUAGAGGAAUUUAUGAAAUUAAAAUUUUGAACAUGUUAUUGUUGCUUCGUUGUAAUGGUUUAUGAAUGAUAAAAAUUCUUCAUUUUUAUAAAUUCAGAAUUGUCGACAUAGGUAUAAGAUUAAUUUUAUUUAAAAUUAAAGUCCUUUUUAUAUAUUAAGUAAACAAAUUUCUAAUCUCAGAGCUUUCUUUGGUAUCUUAUAACCUCAAGAAUGGUUUGAGUGUGUUGUGCUAUUUUAAGCAGAAUGAUUUGACUAUAGAGUAAUUUUUUGUUGUCUUUACAUUAAUAUUAACUGGAUUUUUUUUUACAUUUUUAAUCCUAGUACACCUAAUAAUGUCUACUGCAUCUCAACUCAUCUUUACUCAAAUGUAUUUGUCCUUUUUAUAUUUUAUUUUUUACGGACUUUCUAAUGCGUGUAUGAACGCGAUCAAUUAACGCCAUUGUAAAAACUGUCAGCUUAAUUUCUCAUUUGAAUAAUAGGUGAAUAAUUUCAAUGAAAACUUAAACUUGAACAACCUCGUUAAUUGUAGUCGCAGGUCGCGUGAGAGACGAAGGUUCGACUUUAUAAUGGUUUUGUCGCGUUUUAAGUUCACCCUUAUGCAUAAUAGCACGCACCUACACAGUGGACAUAAAUUGGAUGUGAACACGCCCUAAUGGAAAGAAUUUUGAAGUUCUUAAUUUAAAUAUGACAAAAUUAUUGCGGGAAAAAAAUUGGGGUUAUGUAUGCCACUACAGUAAUAAAGAAUAAAAGACAAUUAACAUAGAAGGUGGAUGUUUUGUAUGAAUGUGUGAGGUUAUGUUGUGUGACUGUCAAAGAUUAAACGCAUGUAGUACUGCAUUAAAAGUAAAAAGUGUGGCCUCAAUUAUGAAAAAAGUCUCUGAAAUAAGAAAUCGUGAAUAAGUCCAGUUUGAUUCCCUGGUUAGUUAUUUUAGAAUUUAUUGGGAAUGACAGAGCGUAGAGUUUCGACUCAGUAAGUGCCAUUUUAAAAGUACCAUACAAAAAUGUUUCUUGUAGAACUGACAAAGUUCGCUGGAAAGAGAAAUCCUCGCUCUUAAGGAUCUAUAGAUUUUUAAUUGGAGUUGAGUACCUGCUUUUUAUAAAAAGUACAAAAUUGUUCAUCUUCUUCAAUAUGUUAAAAAACUACGCUUAUUUUAACUUUUUAAGCGAUUAUUUGUCGCAUUACAUUUUAUUUUUAACUCAUUAACCAUCUGACGUACAAAUUAUUCUUUAACUUAUAAGAGUGAGUAUAAAAUUUUAGUAGGUUUUUGAACUUUACCUUAAUUUAUUGGAAAUUAUACUUUAUACUUGAUUAUAUAAUUAUAUUAUACCUGGUUAAUAAAUAACGUUUAAGUAUAAUUAUUGUAAUGUAUAUCGCGAGGUAGCUUUUGUAUGUUGUUAAAUCUAUUUCAUAAUUUUGUAUCAACUUUUUAUACACUCUUUUUAACCUUCCCUAGCACCACUAGAGUUAAUUGUGAACAAUGUUAAACUCGUAGCGUUAAUAAUUAUGUAUUUAAAUAUUAAUAUUGGUUUCGCGUAUAUUUGUAAAGAUUAAAAAUUCAU